AACAGGAGCGAACCCCCGUAUUGUGAACUGUCCCACCAGCCUUAGUACUUUUGAGCAGCUGUAAGAUCGAACGGUAGCAACUCGUACUACUUCAUAAUCGACAUUUUACGAAGAAGAAAAGGAACGUGAUUCAAGGAUUUGAUUUUAAAAUUUUACGAAAUAUCCAUAUCACGUCAGAGGUGCAUGAUGGAGAUGGCUCAAGAAUAUGCCAAAGCAAAUGUCUUAUCACGUCGUGAUGGCCAAGACAUUAUCGAGGAAUUUAGUUUCGAACUAUCGAAGGUACAAGGUAAAUGUCUCGACAUAGGAUCCGGUCCUGGUGAUGUUACCAAGGACUUCUUAUUCCCUCUAUUGCCGCACGACGUCGAGGUAGUAGGGUCGGAUAUAUCGCAAUCAAUGGUAAAUUACGCCCGUAAGAAUAACAGUAAUGAACGACUAUCGUACAUCAUCCUGGAUAUCGAAGGAAGAAUGCCAAGUGAGCAAAUCGGACAAUACGACUAUGUUACGUCUUUUUAUUGUCUGCACUUUGCCUACGAUUUAAGUCAUGCCUUCAAAAAUAUAUUCAAAUUGUUACGUCCGAAUGGAAAAGCGCUUGUGACGUUCCUUGAGUAUCAUAUCGUAUACGAGGUGUACAUACGUCUUAGCCAGAAUCCAAGAUAUGAAUUUUAUCUUCAGGAUGCGCAUCGCUACGUGCCGUAUUUCCAAAGAAAGGUAUACAAAAAUAUAGAAACUAGUUUACGAAAAAUGUUGGAAGACAUCGGCUUUGAAAUCUUACAUUGCAGCAAAAGAGAAAAAUGUUAUCAAUACAACAAUCAACAAAUUUUAAAAAAUCAAAUGUUAUCCAUUAAUCCUUUUAUAAGUCGAAUGCCAGAUGACAUGAAAGAUGAAUUCAUGGGCGAUCUGAUAAAAGAAAUAUUUAAGCAGGACGUUUGGAUACCAUUUGAAAACAAGAACAAUGAAUUCCUAUUGAAACACUACCUCUUAGUAGCAUAUAUAAAAAAACCUCAAUCGGCCAAUUAAGUACGAAAAAUAUAUCUCUACAUAGAAGGUGAAGGCAAAAUUAACAAAGUUACUUUUAUCUUAUUUGAUGUAUUGGCAAAAUAAUUAUAAUAUAAAGUACUAUAAAAUUUUAAUGUAAUAUCCAUUAUUGCUUUAUAUAUUAUUGCAAAAUAAAUAAAUAAGAAUAAUAAAUAA